UUCAACUCAACAAACAUCUAUUUGAAUUGAUUGGAAGCACAUCCAAACACUCCCUUAAUUUUUUGUUCAAAAUUAAAUUUUAAGAAAACUAUAAAGAAGUAUCUAGAAAGAUCUCUACUCCACCAUAUUUUGGCUUCUCCAUUUCACUACAAAUCCCCAAUUACUCAAACCCUAAUCAGCAGAGAAGAAGUGUAACCGCAUCUGAGCUUUGUGGUUGCGGCAAUGGCGGAACACUUGGCAUCGAUAUUCGGAACGGAGAAGGACCGGGUGAAUUGCCCGUUCUACUUCAAGAUCGGCGCGUGUAGGCACGGGGAUCGGUGCUCUCGCCUCCACACGAAGCCGAGCAUAAGCCCCACCAUUCUGCUCUCCAACAUGUACCAGCGCCCCGACAUGAUAACUCCCGGCGUCGACGCCCACGGCCACCCCAUCGACCCUCGCAAGAUCCAGGACCACUUCGAGGAGUUCUAUGAGGAUCUCUUCGAGGAGCUCUCCAAGUACGGCGAAAUCGAAAGCCUCAAUGUCUGCGACAACCUCGCCGACCACAUGGUGGGGAAUGUAUACGUUCAGUUCAGAGAGGAGGAGCAUGCUGCCAAUGCUGUUAGAAACCUCACUGGAAGGUUUUAUGCCGGUAGGCCAAUCAUCGUUGAUUUUUCGCCGGUGACGGAUUUUCGAGAAGCUACUUGCAGGCAGUACGAGGAGAAUACAUGCAACCGCGGUGGCUAUUGCAACUUCAUGCAUUUGAAGAGAAUUAGCAGGGAUUUGAGACACCAAUUAUUUGGGAAGCACCAUAGAAGGCACAGCAGAAGCAGAAGUAGGAGUCCUUACAGGCAUCGGAGCCAUGAGGAGCGGUCCCAUCGUAGUCAUAGCAGAAAGCACGAUGAUAGGGACCACCAUCACGAGAGUCGAAGCAGGAGACACAAGAGCACGAGUCCUGAGCAUAGGAGAGGAAGAAGUCGAAGUCCUGGUCGUAGGAGGCACCGUAGUCCAGUUAGAGAUGGCAGUGAGGAGAGGCGUGCCAGAAUUGAGCAGUGGAACAGGGAGAAGGAAGAGCAGGAUCCUGGAAACAAGACUAAAGCUGUGGACAUCGACAAUGGUAACAGUGGGCACUCUCUUAAGGCUAGCAAAUUUCAUGGGCAUCAGCAUCAAGAGCAGGAACAGCAAUCUCCAAAUGAGGCUUAUUGAUCUGCAUAUGUUAUUAUGGUUUGUGUUCUGUCCCUUUUGUUUGCCUAUUCAUUUAGAUCUAGGCAGGAUUUCUUUUUCUGGAAUAGACCCACCCACAGGAUAAAUACUGCUCACCACCCAUUUUCCACUGUGCAGGUGGUGCAGGUGCACUUCUCUAAUAUAUGGAAUGUGUUUCCUUCUUCCUCCCUCCCCUUCUUUUACACUUUUUGGAUUUUUCAUUUAUUUAGACGUGAUAUGUGAUUGCAUAUUGAUGUUUUGAAACUUACGUAUGUUAGGUUAUUCUUAACAUUUCAUUGUUCUGAACUAUGUUUUCAACAAUCCUUCUGCUUUGUUUGAUCACCCUUUAGUGGUAGAAUUUACUAGAAAUACUGAUCAGCUGAGCCUUUUUCUUGUUUCUAUUGUAUCGAAGAUCAGCUAAAAGCUCUGGAAUAUGUUCUUUUUCCUGCUUUUUGCUGUUUACAAGUGUCUAAUAAUCAUCCAGCCAAGAAUUUUCUUUAGGAUCUGUGAAAAAAAUUGUUUUUCUGUCUUUCAUUCCUUUUGAUUUUAUCAAAGGUCUUGUAAUUUUUUCACACUUCCCUGUUUCACAGAUUUAAAAAUAGCCUUGUGGUGUUCUUAGCUAAUAUAGUUCUUUAAUCCUCUUUGAUAAUUUGAGUUUUGUUACUAUUUCCGUGGUCAUCUUCUGUCACUAGAAAUUAGCUAAUUAUUAAUAUUCAACGGGUCUCGUUCCUGUAUGCAUGUUACACUGGUUCAUUUGCAUUUGUUGAUCCACAGUAUACAUCAUUUUACUAUCAGGUACACUAAUCAACACCAUACAUGAAGACUAAUGAACGACCGGUUUCAACUCUUUCGUAGGGGUUUUUAAUUCAAUUAGUUAUUCUUUUAUUUUGGUCCGUGGAAAAUUGAAACAGUAUGAUGUUACGCUGUUAUGAGUUUUGCAGGUUCAGGUAUCCCUGCAUAUAAAGAAACGAAGUUAAUUCCAGUUUACCAUGGAAUGUGUACAGGUUGAUUCUUCUUGGUAUGCUCUUUGGAGGAUGUUUUAAUGAGUCUUUGAGCUGGCAACUAAUCGUGUAGGAGUAGGAUGAAUGAGAAAACUUCUGUCAUUUGCAGGCUGAGGAAGAUCCUUUUCUUUUCUUUUAUGGAAUAUUAGUAUGUGUAUUGGUUACCGACUUUUGAACAUGAUUUCCCGUUUCUAAAAUUGUUUCUUUUACCA